AUGGGUGUGCCCAGCAGACUCCGCCGGCGAUGGUGGUUGAGACUGAGCGUGCUCGUCAACUUUAUCGCAACCGUCAUCGUCGCCCAUAACUACCUCGUUGGGUCAGAUGUCGCCCUCGUCAAAGCCGUCUUAUUACCCAUCACCCCCCUGGAUCCUCUUCCACCAGCGCCGGCCUACAUUCCUGGGAUGGAGGGUGGCGAGUGCUCCCUCUGUGCUGUCAACCCGGCAUUGUGUGAAGAGUUGGGGCCAAACAAUGCGAUCCGCGGACUUGGGUAUCGGGGCGAGAAUGCGCGCCUCCGACGCAUGCUAGCCCGAGUGCGUGCCGGCAAGCCGUUCAAUGUCGCCGUCGUUGGCGGGUCUGUGUCUAAAGGAUACUCGAUUCUGACACACCACCCCAAUGUCGACCCAGGCAACAUGCACCGUAUCGUGUUUGACCACCUCAACGCCCGGUUCCCCGGAAAGGGGGAGCCUGCAAUCGAAGGCGAGUCGCGCAAGGCCGAGGGUCGGAACGGGAUGACCAAUGGCGCUCUUGGGGCCACCGGAACCGAUUACUUCCAGUACUGCUUCACCGAGGACAUUCCGCCUGAUGUUGAUCUCGUGCUUGUCGAGGCUGCGAUCAACGACCAACGAGACUUUAGUUUCUCGGAUAGCUACGAGCAGCUCGUUCGGUCCAUCCUCCAACUUCCGGGCGAGCCAGCGAUUAUAAACAUUCACGUCUUCGCGUUGGUGUUCUCGCAUAUCUCCAUGGGUGGAGAUAUGCAUCUCGCCACGGCCGAGUAUUACGACAUCCCCACAAUGUCAUUACGCAACAUUUUUCUCCCCCAUAUCCUUGAGAACCCGGAAGCGAUCAAGGACCUCUUCUGCAGGGACAGCAAAGAAGUGCGAGACGAGCUCGAUUUAUAUGACCUGCGUCAUGUGUGUGGGCGCGGCCACCGUAUUGCCGGUAACCUCACCAGUGCGUACAUCGACAUGCAGCUAUGCGAGAUGGACCGGAUCGAAGCUGCAGCGGGUCACAGCCGAAUCGACGAGCUUUACCCUCUCCCCACGUUACCGCGGCAGGGGUUGAACGAGCGGUUCGAGAUUGGCAAGACGCUGCCUCGAUUCACACCCAAUUGCUUCACGAUGAAUGCUGUCAAGAACAAGCUCGUUCCGUCCAAGAACGAUGGGUGGCGCGAGUGGUUCCAUCCCGAUGUUCCCAGCAAGAAAUACAUGGUGGCAGACAAGCCAGGCGCAUCACUCACGGUCAAGUUCCGCACUGCUCUUGGACGGGUCGAGUUGCAUUACCUCAUUUCAGGCACAUUCGGGCUUGGCAGUGUUGAGUGCAAUGUCGACGGGGGGUCCAAAGUGCGGUUUGACGGGCAUUGCUGA